CCAUUGUUACUUAAUCAGAAUACUUUUUUAUGUGAAAUUCUCAAGUGAUCAGUCAGCUUUUCUAGUUCCUUCCAGCUCAUCACCAUACCAUAGGUUUUUAUCACCAGCAAGUAACAUAGAAAUUUGAGCUACAUGAGUCUUCUUUCUUCUUGUCAUAAUGCAGUCAAGUUCCUCUAUGUACUCUAGCUGAUCAUUACUGUAAUGAAACUAGCCCAUUCCCAUAUAUUUUCCUCUUAAGAUCUUGAUAGUUUUGUUCCUUGUCAAGAUACAUACUUCUUGAUGUCCCAUGAGUUUUUUUUAGAACUUUUCCUCUCUAUUUCCAUAGUCAAGUCUCUUUUAGGGAGUUGUUAAAAUGUUCAUCCACAGAAGAUCUCAUAGAUGAAGCUAUUAUUUAAGGUUUUAGUAGUUGACUUAAGGGAGGACUUUGUGUGUUUCAGCUUCUCACGUUGUUGCAACUUGAAACCAUUUAGAGGAUGAGGGACUGUAGUUGGGAAUGACGUUAAUAUGAUACUCUUUGUGGUACCUGAAAACUGUUUGAACUUUGAAAUUAAUUGCCUACUUAAGGCUUCAAUUGAGUGAGGCUUCUUGACGAUGCACUUGUUCUUGUGGCAAAGACUGCCUCUCCUUAUUCUUAUUCAACUCUUGGAGCCCAACUAUACAAGUCACAAACUCUAUGCUGAAGCUUUGCUUAUUUGCAAAAGCAGAGUCUGCUCUCCUCAACAUUCCAGCCUUAGGUCUGGGCGGUUCCCCUGCUUGAGACAAUGGGCAUUUGCCAACUGUUAUGAACAAAAAGAUCCAGAAGUUGUUACCUUGUAUCCUCCCUCCCUUUGUCCUACACAAACAUGUAUAGAUUCAUGUUUAAUUGUUGAUGUGAUUCCUGGAAUCUCCUGUUGUCUUUCUUUUCCAGCAAGAUUAAUUCAAUUGUCAUCAGUUGCUUCAGUUUUGUUUCAAUCAAGCUCUCCAAUUCAUUUACAAGAACAACUCUACAGAUCAAGAAACAGGAGGAUAGCAGCUUCCAUUGAUGCAGACAACAGUGUUCCAACACUCACACCUGUGCAAGCAAAUGAUCUCAAGAAAUCAAAAAAGCAGACAAGUGCUGCCAUAAUUGGGGGUGCCAGUGGAGCUCUGCUUGUGAUCAUUGUUUUGGUGAUUGUUUAUAUCUGCUUGAUGCGUGUUAAAAGGUUCAUGAGGAGAACAUCUGAGACAGGAUCUUCCAUACCAUCUUCUCCCACUGAGUUGCAAAGGGUUAACACUUCCCAAUAUCCCGGUGCUGUCUCUCCAUAUGGUCCACGAAGUUUAAAGCAGCUAACAAUGAUGGAAUUGAAACAUGCUACAUCCAAUUUCAGUGAAAGUAAUAUCAUUGGGGAAGGUAUUUUCGGCUUAGUCUAUAAGGGAUUGCUUCAAGAUGGAUCCAUUGUGGCAAUAAAGAGAUGUCUACACAUCCCUGUCCAAUCUUUUCUUCAGAAGGUGAAGCAAAUUGCUCAAGUAAGCAACAAGCAUCUUGUCAAGCUUGUUGGUUAUUAUGAAGCUAGCAACCAACAGUUACUUGUCUAUGAUUAUAUCCCUAAUGGAAAUAUUGGAAAUUACCUAUAUGAUAAUGAAGGCUUACCUACUGGACAGCUAAAUAUGAGGCAAAGGUUGUUAAUUGCACUUGGCGCUGCCAAAGGACUUGAACAUCUUCACAGUUUGGUUCCUCCUCUCCUGCACAUGCAUUUCAGAUCCAGCAAUGUUCUUCUAGAUGAAAAUUUCACAGCCAAGGUUUCUGACUUUGGGUUAUCCAAAUUAGUCUCUGAGCAUCAUUCUGGUGCAUCAUCUUCAGCAUUUGACUGCUUUCUUGAUCCAGAGUUAUAUUCAUCAAAGAAUUAUUCAGCACAGAGUGAUGUCUACAGCUUUGGGGUAUUUUUGCUAGAGUUGAUUAGUGGACGUGCAACAAAUUGCAGAAACCAAUUACACUCAGAGGCAAACCUAGUAUUACAGGCCAAGGAAUGCAGUGAUGUAAUCAGUUUUGUUGACCAGACAUUAGGAGAUGACUGUAUACGUGCUGCAAAACAGAUUAUGAAGUUGGCAUUGCAAUGCAUCAAUAUGAGUCUCAGGAGACCAUCCAUGAGAAAUGUUGUCAAAGAACUGGAACGGAUUCAAGAGAGAGAAGUGGGUCAUUUGCAUUUGGAAUUGGGUGAAGAGAUAGGUGCUGUAACACUAGGGAGUGAGCUCUUCAAGUGAGCUUUUUGCCAUGUAACAUCAAUUCUUUCAUUGAAUUCAUGAUAGGAUGUAAGUUGUAAUUUUGAAAGACAAAAAGCAAAAUUCAAUAACUUGGUCAAAGAAAUUAUUCAAAUGAAA